GAUUGCUACGCGGAUAUCAUUCUCGUGGGUCUCAUACUGCGCGGCACCGAUUCCAGCAUGGUGCGGGUGGGCUGGAAAUUCACGAGUCGCGGCAGUGCCUUACCUAACGGAUCCACGAUCGCCAGUGAUAAGCCGUGGGAUUUACUAGCUUCGGAACGCCUCUGCCACCCUGAGGAGAGUCAUCAAUGUGAGGCCGACGAUGAUGUCUUAGCAGAGGGAUCGACGACAGUGGAAAGGGUAGAGGGGUCUUGGAGUCUCGACUCAAUGCUGCACGAGGCCACGGGACGUAUAUGGAAAGCUCGCUGGCUGCGUGUUACCCCGGAAACCACAUUCGGAUCAGGCACAUGGCAAUGCUGGAUCGAAGGACCAGAUUUGUUUGAAAAUAAGUCCAUCGGAGAACGCAGGAGUAAGGACUCACCAACCCCUGAGGCAGAGCAUCAAAUCAAUUAA